AUGCUGCUACACCCGUCUCUCGACCUUCACAACUUACACAAUCUCAGCGGCGACUCGGGCGACUUGUCGCACCUAGAACAUUCGCACGCGACGCACCCCCCGCAUCGCCUGCUCGUCGCACAGCAGCAACCGAGCGCCGCCGCAAGCGUCGCGACGAGUGCUUUCCUCGAUGACCCUUCUCCGCCUCCGCCGCCACCAGCGCCGCCGCCGCCGCGCGAGGUAGAGCUGGACUCGUGCGCGCUGCAGUCGGUGCUGCCGCAGCUCCUUCCGCCCGCCCUCCUUGACCUCGCCUGCUUCAACCACCUCUCGCUGCACUCCGCACACGAAACUCCCGCAGACAACGGUGGUGGCGGCGGGGACGAGUCGAGUGCGCCGCCGCCACCUGAGACAGCAACACCGCGCGAUCUGCUGGAUGUGGCGCGGAACAAGGUGGGCGCCAGCACCGUGUGGGCGCCGGUGGAUGGAGCGGCGGACAGUGCGGAAGGCGCGGGAGGCGCGGGGGAAACGGGGGGCGCAGGAGGACCAAAGGGGCCGGGAAGAGCUGAGCCGGCGGCGGCGUCAACCCUCACCCUGCCGAAUGAAGUGAUCAUCGUGUGUCGCUCCGCUGGUAGGGCUUGCAUGCCCAGCCAGCAUCACCAUCAGUCCGGAUCUCAGUGGGUAGACGUGGAGAGGCUGGGGCACGUCGUUGGCGUGUUAUUCAGGCCAGCUGCCUCCCGUCCAUCUCAACUGCUCACCCUCUCCAACGCCACAAACUCGGCCCUUGCUCUUGCGGCCUUACCCCCUUCCCACACCGCUCCCCUCUUCCGCUCCUCUCCCCCUCCCCACUUCCUUACCUCCUCCUUGACCUGCCCGUUGCGCCCUCCCAGGGCCUUGUUCGCCAACUACAUUGGCAAGCUGCCUGCCAAUCAGCUCACCAUGCUGCUGGACCUGCUCUUCUCGCUGUCCACGGGAAUCGGGUUCAACCUCGCGCGCUAUCUGCUGGGCGCCAGCUUCAACGCCACCAACAGCCCGCAGCUCACCAAAGACACCAUGCACCAGGCCAACCUCCCCGGCUACAAGCCGAGCAAGGCCGCCCCGUACGUCUGGGCGGCAGACUGGCAACAGCGGAAGGUUUUGAAAGGAGCGAUGCAGAGAGGUGUAGAUGAGGUGGAGUCAAUCGCUUAUUCAGCCCCUUGGUGGAUGACCAUCAGUGGGGAUACGUCGGGGAAUGUGGGCGGCAAAUCGAAUCUCCGACCGGAUAUGUACGGCGCGUUUGUGGAGUAUCUAGCCACUUUAGCGGCCCAUUUUCGCCACAUGUGGAACGUGACGUUCAGCACGAUGAAUCCGGCGAAUGAGCCCCUGGAGGGGUGGUGGUCGCAGGGGGGGCGGCACGAGGGUUGCAGUUACAUUGCUGCUGAGCUGGAUAGGCUUUGCACAGCCGUGGCGGGUGCGCUGCAACGGAAGAAGCUUUCAACGCGCGUCGCGGGGUUCGACAGCUUCGUCGGGUUCACGAUGCGAAACGCGAAUCUAUUUUCCGGGCAGUUACUAUCCGGUCUGAAAAGGAUUUCGGUGCAUGGAUAUGUCCCGCCACCACCCACCACCACGGAUACCAGGGAGUUCAUAGAGAAGCUGUACGUUGGAUUAGCGCGGAUGGGGAUCAAUGUGGGGAAGGAGGUGUGGGUGUCGGAGAUUGGGCCGAUGUGGGCGGGAGGGGAGGACACCGAUGUGGGGUUGUUCAUGAUGCGAUUGGCGAUCCAAGCAAUCAACAUCAUGGGCGCCUCAGCAUGGAUUUACUGGCAGGCGAUCAACCCAUACCUCCCGAAUAACCCCAACUCUGCCAAGUGGGGGCUGUUUACAAUAACGCACAACAAUGUGUCCGAUCCUGCAAUUGUGCCGCUGGAAAUUACAUUCUCGAAAAAGUUUCACAUGAUGAAGCAGAUGGCUCGGGCGUCGCCGAGAGGGAGCAUGCCGCUGAGAAUCGAGACGACCAAUGGCUGUCACCACUGUGUUGCGUCGUUCUUCAACCCCGAUAAGAACUUCAUCUCUAUCUACAUAGUGAACCAGGAUGGCGAUGACUACAGUAUCACAUUCAAAUUUGAGUUUUUUGGGCUGAUGGACGGGUCGCGCCCGUAUGUGGUGGAGGUGCAGCGGACGUCUGCGAGUGAGGAUGCAGAGGUGGUUGCCACCAAAAGUUACGACGACAUGCCCCAGUCUCUGGCUGUGACUGCAAAAGGCAGAAGCAUCACGACUAUAAUGAUCUCUAACGUUGUAUGGUUGUAG